AUGGCGCUUAGUCUCUUUUCGGUGUUGGCUCUCGCCUCCUUCUUCGCUUCUACCAUUGCGGACCACGAGGCCGUCCAAGAGUACAGCUGGUACAAGGACUACUAUCCUUUGCCAGAAGACUACUGCUUCAAUGGCUGCUACACGGCUGCCGACUAUGUCACCUUUGAUGUCACUCCGGCAGAGGACGCAGACAACUACUACUUCAGCUUGUGCUCCAACGAUCUCAAGAUCAAGUCGAUCUUCUACUGCGCUCAGAAAUAUUGCACUUAUGAGCAGGCAGUCGCCGGGCGCAACAAAAUGAGUCCUGAAUGUGAAGGCAAUGCCGGGUUCCCACUGCCAACUGUCGAUUCCAUGCGCCUCUCUCAACAGGCACUCGAUCAGAUCUCCGUCAUCAACUCUACUACCGGUCUUGCAACCGCCCCGCCCGAGGGUCUACCGCUCACCACACCGAUCGUCCCUGAUCAGGAGUGGGUUGAUCUCUCCAUUCGCACUGUGAAAGAAUUCUACUUCAACUGGGAUGUGAGCUUUGACUUCUCUUUCGCCUUGAUCGGGUUCUGGGGCUUGGUGCUGCUCAUUGGCAUAGCUCACCGCGCUACAGUCUUCCUGGGCAAAGCACCUGGUUCAGGAGAAAGCAGCUGGUGGCUCUGGGCUCGAAAGAAUCUCAUUCUCCCUGCAACCUUCAGCAAACACCAGGCUGAGGCUGUCGCUUGGACAUACACCAUCCCGCCACGGUUGGAGAGCAUCAUCCUCUUCCUCUACGUGAUCAUGAACUUCGUCAUGUGCUUCCCAGCGUACAAUCUGUUUGUCGGCAAUCAGUACUACGCUGCGAAGAAACUACAAUUGGCCCGCUAUAUCGCUGACCGCACUGGUUUCCUCUCGAUCGCCCAGCUGCCGAUGGUCUGGGUAUUCGCAGCUCGUAAUGACCCCUUCAUGUGGCUUACUGGUUGGUCUUUCGCAACUUACAACAGAUUCCAUCGAUGGAUUGCCAGGAUCUCGGUCGUUCACGCCAUCGUCCACUCCAUUGCGUACACAGUCUUCGAGUUCUACAAGUAUGGUGACGCCUCUGGGUACAACCUUUCCUGGACAGCUGAGUAUUGGUACUGCGGAGGGAUUGCCACAAUCAUCAUGUCUCUCAUGCUACUCUUCUCGAGCUACUUCUUCCGUGAGAAGUUUUACGAUCUCUUUUUGAUGGUCCAUAUCGCCAUGUCAAUUAUCUUUUUCGUCACGCUAUGGUACCACGUGAAAAUAUUUAGCGGCGAGUUCAACUACUUCCUCUAUCCAUGCAUUGCCAUAUGGUCCAUCGACAGACUCCUCCGCAUUGGUCGCACAGCAUUCAUCUCUGUGAUGCCACGCUUCACCAAGGGCGUCAAGGCCACUGCCACAUACCAUUGCACGACUGAGAUGGUUCGCCUUGACAUCACCGACUUCAUGCCAGAUAAGAAGAUCGUGCCAGGUCUCUACUACUACCUUUACAUGCCGGCCGGUCUUCGCGGGUACGAGAGCCAUCCAUUCACGCUUUGCUCAUGGCGCCGCUCUGUCUCAAAUGCGACCUCGCCUACGCACUCUAUCAACGAUAAGGAGGUGGAGACUUCAGAUCGUCUCAUCUCGAGCGAGUAUUCUCCUGGCGAGAUUGCACACACUAUGCUCGUCCGUCCCUACGCAGGCAUGACCGGCCGCCUGCAGAAGAAACUUAUCUCCUCCCACACCUCCGUAACUUCAUCCCAAGAAACCGUCUUCCUCGAAGGCCCCUAUGGCGAGAAACUCGACCUCUCCAACUACUCCGACGUCCUAGUUAUCUGCGGAGGCUCAGGAAUCACUGCUGCUAUCUCGCACACCCACUUCCUCAUGGCUGAGAACCCCGACACCAGAAUCCGUAUCGCCUGGGCUGUCCCCCAACGCCACCUCCCCGACGACAUCUGCGCGAAUGAACUCGCCUCCGCCAUUCACACCAAUCGGGUUAAGAUGACUGUCUACCUCACCUCGGCGGCUGAAGAGGAAGCCCACGAUCCUGCUAAACUGCCUGUCCAUCCGCCUUACGAUAUCAAAUUCGGUCGACCGCAUAUCGAGGGCAUUAUGAGGCAGCAUCGACAGAUUGCUACGAAGAGUCUGGCGAUCGUCACCUGUGGUACGCCCCAGAUGUCGGAUGUUUGCCGCAAGGCUGUUGGGAAUGUGCUCGGCGAGGAGGGCGUUGAGGUGGGGUAUUAUAAUGAGACGAUGGUGUGGUAG